AUGCCGCGGUGGUCGUCCCCGAAGGACCCCUCCCUGGAGGCGGCACUCCGCCGUAACUGCCGCUGGGUCGUCAACAACCAAAUCAAGCGCCUCCUCCUCCGCUUCCCGUCCCGCACGGCGCCCGUGCGCUUCCUCCAAUCCCGCUUCAAGACGCUCGAUCUCAUGGGCCGCGCCGCCAACUGGCUCGGCAAGUACCCUUCCUGCUUCGAGGUCUUCUCCGCCGACACCGGUGGCGGUGAGCAGGAGCCUCACUUCGGCUUCACUAAGCGGAUGGCGGCGCUCGUCCACGAGGAGGAAGCUGCCGUCGCGGCCUCCGAGCCGGCCAUGGCGGACCGCCUCGCGCGCGUGCUCAUGCUCGCCCGCGGCCGCCGCCUACAGGUUUCCAAACUCGCCGCGCUGCGGGGCCCUCUCGGCCUCCCCGACGACUACCUCCUCCGCCUCCUCCCGCCAACACCGAUCUCUUCCGCCUCACAAACCCCUACGGCCCUACCCACACCGCCGCAACGCCGCUGA